AACAAAUCCAAAUCACGGGGCAAAUUUUCUUCGUGCGAAAGUUGAAACCAAUAAGCGGUGAUGGGGUUUUACCUGGAUGAGGAAGAGGUCUGGAAGUGUCCCAAGCAUCCAUCGAAACGACGCCGUACAGGAAUUUGCCCCACCUGCCUUCGCGACCGCCUCGCUACUCUCUGCCCUGACUGCGCCCACGUCCGGCCAUGUUCCUGCUCCGCCGCCGCUACCUCCUCCUCUCCCUCCUUCUCCGCCUUUGCUUCCGUUUCUCGAUCCUCCCUCGCAGGUGACGUCGCCGGAGGACUGAAAAGAUCACGGUCCGUUGCGAUUCCGUUUCUCCGUUCGAGGUCGAGGUUCCCCGCGGGAGACGGAGAGUUGGAUUGUGACGGCGCCGCGGUGAAAGAUGUUCCCGGUCUGACCAGAAGCCGGUCGACGAGGUGGUUUUGGUCGAUGUUCAAGCCACCGAAGAGCAAUCGGAACGGAGUGCCAGAGCAGAAUUGUCAGAGUGUCGUGGGGGAAGACGAUGAGAAGAGUGUGGACGGAAAAAUGGCAACACUGAUGAAGUCGAGGUCGGUGGCAGUUUCCGGCGGCGUUGGAGAAAUCAGAGGAGCGAGGAAGAGAAGGGGAUGGAACUUUCCGAGUCCAAUGAAGGCUUUCAGGCAAUCCAAUAGGAGCUCUAAAAUCCUUCAGGAAGCUGUGGCUUGUGCAUAGAGGCGAAAAUCUGUAGAUAAAAAUAAAAUGCUUGUUAUAUGAAAUGAGUACUGCUGACUAAUAUUGUAUGGUAUCGAAGAUUAAGUGCAUAGCUCCUAACCCCUAACUCCAAUUCUGAGGCCUGAUAAAUCUCAGAGUGGUGCAUCAAUUGUGUUGGCAGGGAAAACAGAAAAAGAGGAUGCAGUAUUGCAGUAUAACAUGUUCUCCUCGCGUUUCAUUUCAUUUGAGAGAAAGUUAGUUAAAUUACAUAUACUGUUUCAAUUAAGCAACUCUAUAUUAAUGUUUUGUCUCAUGAGUGAAAACUCUAAUUUUAUCA